AUGAUAAAAAGUGGUACUCCAAUUUCUCAAUGUCUUGCAUUACUUUAUGAAUCUAAACGAGUAAUACGAAUACAAGAUGUUUUAGAUUAUUUUCCUGAAUUUACAAAAAUUGAACAUUUUAAAGAGCCAUUAAUGGGAUUUCUUAAAGAAUAUUCAAAUGAAAUUAAGAAACUUCAAAUGGAAAUACGUGAUGCAACAGAAAUGGCUGAAGAAUUAAAUGAAGAAAUUGAUAAAGGAAAAUCAAGUUUUAUGGUUAUUCGUGCAAACAGUUCGUGUUCAUUUUGCCGAGAAUCUUUGCUUAAACGUCAAUUUGUUGCUUUUGUGUGUAGACAUUGUUUUCAUAAAUCUUGUUUGGAGAAAAGAUUGAAGCAAAAAUCUCCUGAAUUUGUUUUUUUAUUGGCUGAAGAACAUAAUCUAAAAAAAGAAUUUAAAAAAUUAACGGAAAAUGCAACAAUCAAUUCCAUUUUAAGACAACGAGGUGAAAAGAAUGGGAGAGAAGAAGAUGCAAAACGUAAAUUAGAUUCUGUCCGUACACAAAUUGAUGAAUUGUUAUUGGGAGAUUGUCUACUUUGUGGAUUACAAACAAUUGAAGAUGUGGAUAAACCUUUUUUUGAUAGUGGAGAUGAUUAUUUGGAACAACUUAAAAUGUGGAUACCUUGA